AUGAAACUGGCAUUUGUAACUGGAUCAAAUAAAGGUAUCGGGUUUAGUAUCAUUGAAAAACUUUUGAAAUUAUACCGCCCUACAGGAGAAUGGGAUGUGUUUCUAACAGGUGACCGUAUAUCAACUAAUAACUUAGCAGCUCGUAAUAUUGGACUUGGUCAGGAAGCUGUGAAAAGGCUCAAUAACAAGGGCAUGGAUGUUAAAUUCCAUCAAUUAGAUAUAACUGAUCGAAAUAGUCGAAAAGCGUUCCUAACAUUUGUAGAGAGAAACUAUCCCAAUGGAAUCAACAUUGCAGUGAAUAAUGCUGGAAUUGCCCACAAAGCUAACUGUUUGGUUCCAUUUGGCGAUCAAGCACGUAGUUUGGUGAACACCAACUUUACUUCAACCGUCGAUUUCACGGAAGAGUUCAUUCCUUUACUAGCUGAAAAUGCCAGAGUCGUUAAUAUCUCUGCUACUCUCUCUCUCUUCAUGUUGAAGAAACUCAGUAGUGAUCUUUACGAAAAAUUUGUCAGCCCUAUGAAUCUUUCGGAGUUGAAAAAUCUUAUGGUGGAGUUCGUAAGAUCUGCUGAGGAUGGCACUUAUUCUGAGAAAGGUUGGCCUUCAAAUGCCUAUGGAGUAUCUAAAAUGGGUCUUACAAAGGCUUCGUUUAUUUUCGGUGAUAUGCUGAAAGAUGAUCCAAGAGGGAUUGUGAUAAAUUCGUGUUGUCCUGGUUUUGUUGACACUGAUAUGACUGACCAUAAAGGUGUGAAGACAACGGAUGCAGGUGCUGACACGCCGUUCUAUUUGGCCACACUACCUUUAGGAUCAAACAAACCUAUCAAUCAGUUCGUAUAUGAAAGGAGAGUGGUUAAAUGGUCCAAAUGA